CAGCUUCCAACGCGGCCAGCUGUGCUUUCUCGAAGCGGGGCUGAGUAGCAGUCCUGCAAUAUUACACACGCCGAGCAACCAGCGCUAUCGGGGGGAUUUUAAACAUUAUUCACUGCUAGGCAAAACCCAGCUCCCUGGAUCUGCUGCAGGACGCCUAUAUACAGGAUUAUUGUUUAUAUAUUUAUUUACAAGGAAGAUGUGAGGGGUCCGUUUAUAUGCACAGUAAUAACGAAAGGAACAGCGUUAUCGAUAAAGGUAUACUUGAUCUGCCUAAAGAAGACCUGACCAAAAAAUAGAAGAUAUGAAGGGGUUUUGAAAACAACUGAACGAGUGCCAAGAUAUCCUGUGUGAAGCCCCCUCCCCCCAUCUCCUACUUGUGGGGCCUUGGUUCUCCAGCCAGGUCAAAGGUCAUCUCUGAGCAUGCUGCCCACCUGCCGCCCCCCCUGCCUACCAGUCCUGGUGCCCCUGGCGGCCCUGCUCCUGUCGCUGCUGAUGACUGGCUGCAAUGCCUUAUCUCCCCCUAGGUUCACAAAGGUUCCCGUCGACCAGAUAGGCGUGUCCGGGGGUGUGGUCUCCUUUGUUUGCCAGGCCACGGGUGACCCCAAGCCCCGUGUGAGCUGGAACAAGAAAGGGAAGAAGGUGAACUCCCAGCGCAUCGAGACGAUCGAGUUCGACGAGGGCGCGGGGGCUGUGCUCCGGAUCCAGCCGCUGCGGGCGCCGCGGGACGAGAACAUCUACGAGUGCGUGGCCGACAACAGCGAGGGAGAGGUCACCGUCACCGCCAAACUGUCCAUCAUCAGAGAGGACCUGCUUCCCCCGGGCUUCCCCAACAUCGACAUGGGCCCCCAACUGAAGGUGGUGGAGCGCACACGCACUGCCACGAUGCUCUGCGCUGCCAGUGGCAACCCUGACCCUGAAAUCACCUGGUUCAAAGAUUUCCUGCCCAUUGACCCCAGCGCAAGUAAUGGGCGAAUCAAACAGCUGAGAUCAGAAACCUUUGAGGGUACCCCUAUACGAGGUGCCCUACAAAUAGAGAACAGUGAGGAGACAGACCAGGGGAAGUACGAGUGUGUGGCGUCUAAUGUGGAGGGCGUCCGCUACUCUUCCCCUGCUAACCUGUAUGUGCGAGAGCUUCGAGAAGUCCGGCGCGUGCCCCCUCGCUUCUCCAUCCUGCCCACAAACCACGAGAUCAUGCCGGGUGGCAGUGUCAACAUCACCUGUGUGGCGGUGGGCUCCCCCAUGCCCUAUGUCAAGUGGAUGCUCAACUCCGAGGACCUGACCCUCGAGGACGAAAUGCCAGUGGGCCGCAACGUGCUGGAGCUCACCAGCGUGCGCGAGUCAGCCAACUACACCUGCGUGGCCAUGAGCAGCCUGGGCAUCAUCGAGGCUGUGGCCCAGAUCAUCGUCAAGUCCUUGCCCAAGCCUCCAGGGACGCCCAUGGUAACGGAGACCACACCCACCAGUGUCACCAUUACCUGGGACUCUGGUAACCCUGACCCUGUUAGCUACUACAUCAUCCAGUAUCGAGCCAAGUCUCCCGACAGCAAGUUUGAGACCAUGGACGGCAUCACUACCACCCGCUACAGCAUCGGCGGCCUCUAUCCCAACACAGAGUAUGAGAUCCGGGUCUCGGCCUUCAACACCAUUGGACAGGGCCCGCCUAGUGAGCCUGUGGAGGCGCGGACUGGGGAGCAGGCUCCCGCCAGCCCACCCCGUAACAUCCAGGCUCGUAUCAUCUCCCAGAACACCAUGAUGGUGCGUUGGGAUGAGCCCGAGGAGCCCAAUGGCCAGAUAAAAGGGUACCGGGUGUACUACACUAUGGACCCUAACCAGCCCAUGAGCCAGUGGCAGGUCCACAACGUGCAGGACAGUGUGAUCACCACCAUACAGAGCCUUACCGCCUCCGAGACCUAUACCAUCCGUGUUCUGGCCUUCACCUCAGUAGGCGAUGGCCCCUUCUCUGACCCCAUCCAUGUCAAGGUACUCCAGGGAGUCCCUGGACAGCCAACCAAGUUCCAGGUCGGCACGGUAUCCGACACUAGCAUUGAGCUGACCUGGGAGCCUGCCUACGACAAGGAGGGCAUCAUCAACUAUGAGCUUCGUUACAGAGAGGGCAAACAGGGCAACCAGGUGACGAAAACAUUUGGCCCCGCCUCCUCCUUUGUUGUGGAGGGCCUGCGAGCGAACACAGAGUACUUCUUUUCCCUGGCAGCCAUCUCCAGCAAAGGCAUCGGCGCCUUCACCAACGAAAUCGCCCAGAACACCUCUCAAGCCAAGCCCUCCGCCCCCCCUCAAGACAUUAAGUGCAGCAGCUCCAGCUCCACCACCUUGCUGGUAAGUUGGCGCCCCCCGCCUGUGGAGAGCCAGAAUGGCGCCCUAGCGGGGUACAUAGUGCGCUACCAGGUGGUGGGAGCCGAGGCCAAUGCUGAACCCAUGGAAGAGCCGGCUGUACCCCCCUCCUCCGGAGAGAUUCUGCUGCAGGGGCUGGAGAAGUGGACACAGUACCAAGUCACCGUGCUGGCCUUCAACACCAUAGGGCCAGGCCCGGAGAGCCAGCCCCUGCUAUGCCGCACUGAUGAGGAUGUUCCAGGGGCACCCCCUCGACGGGUGGAAGUGGAGGUGCUUAACUCCACCGCACUCAAGGUGAUGUGGCGUUCCCUGUUGCCGGGGCGACAGCACGGCCAGAUCCGUGGCUACCAGGUCCACUAUGUGCGUGUGGAGAAUGGGGAGUCGCGUGGCCUGCCCCUCAUCAAAGACGUCAUGUUGGCUGAUGCUCAGUGGGAAACGGAUGAUACGGCUGAAUAUGAGAUGAUCAUAGGGGGACUGCAGCCCGACACCACCUACUCCAUCACUGUGGCAGCUUACACUACUAAAGGAGACGGCGCCCGCAGCAAGCCCAAACUCGUGGUGACCAAGGGAGCAGUCCCUGGCCCACCCUCCCUGUUUGUCCGGCAGCAGAGUGAGACCUCAGCUUUGGUACAAUGGAAGCCUCCGGAGUCGAAGGCCCCCGGGUUGGAGGUGCUGGGGUACCGGCUGCAGUUUGGCCGCAAGGAUGUGACCCCACCGGCCACGCUGGAGUUCACGGCACAAGAACAGGAGUACACAGUCAGCAAUGUGCAUCGGGGCGCCAUCUACAUCUUCAAGGUCUCCGCCAAGAGCCACUCGGGGUUUGGGGAGGAGGCGUGGCAGGAGCUCACCAUCCCCGAGGAGGUGCCCAAGGGGUACCCCCAAAUCUCAGAGGGCGUCAACAUCACAUGCUGCUCGGUGCAGUUCUCCUGGUUGCCCCCCGUGCUAGCUGAGCGCAACGGCGCCAUCACCGAGUACACCAUAGCCUACAAAGAGGCGGGCAGCUCCGCCAGCCCCCGCGAACUCACCCUCCCGGCCAGCGAGUCCAGCUACACCCUCAACAGCCUCAAUCCCAACUCCGCGUAUGACGUGAAAAUUCGUGCGCACACCAGUGUAGGUCCAGGGCCCUACAGCCCUCCAAUCCAGUAUCGGACGGUGGCCGUUGAGACAGAUGUCCCAAAGAACUUCACGGUGAAGCUGGUCACCAAGACUACAGUGUUGCUGACGUGGAAGUUCCCGGAGAGUCGCACCCCAUAUCGCUGCAAAAUUGAAUACAAUUAUCAGAGGAUGGGUGUUGAUGCCAGAGUGACCAAGGCCCUGAUCACCAACCUGCAGCCCAAUACCACCUAUGACUUCAGGAUUACCUGCCCGGAGGACAAUGUAGGGGGGCUGCGGCACCGUGUGCCAGCCAGGACAGCCCCCCCGAUCCUGGUCAAGAAGCCUGAGCUGGACCUUAACCGCGAGCCUGACAACACUCUCACCAUUGUCUUCCCUGCCCUUGAGACCAAGGACAUGAUCAAGAACAUCUAUGUGGUGGUGGUUCCCCUGAAGAAAGGCAGGGGGCCAAUCCGACACAUAAAGAACCCUGAUGAGAUGGACUUGGAGGAGCUUUUAAAGGACAUGAGUCCGAAACAGCGACACAUCCGCACCACCCGCCAGCUGAGGCAGGUGGACCUGCGCAAACCCUACAUUGCCGCCUGCUUCAACCCCUCCAACCUUCCCUCAUCCUUCACUCUGGGCAACCAGAAGGAGUACAACGGCUAUGAGAACCGUGCCCUCGAGCCGGGCCAGGAGUAUGUCUUCUUCCUGCUGGCGGAACUCAACAGUACCACUGGGAAGAUGUUUGUAGCCAGCCCCUACACGGACCCGGUCAUUGCUCCAGACGUGGACCCGCAGCCCGUGGAGACGGGCGGAGAUGGGCUGAUCUGGGUGGUGGGGCCUGUCCUGGCCGUGGUUUUCAUCAUCUGCAUCGUCAUCGCCAUACUGCUCUACAAGAACAAACCUGACAGCAGCAAACGGAAGGAGUCAGAACCACGCACCAAAUGCCUCCUCAACAAUGCUGAGAUCACACCGCAUCACCCCACAGACCCUGUGGAGAUGAGACGAAUCAACUUCCAGACCCCAGAUUCUGGUCUGAGCAGCCCUCUAAGUGAAGCCGAUUUUGACUAUGAAAGCAUGAUGAACCACCCACCAAUCCCAAUAGCGGAACUGGCAGAACACACAGAGCUGCUGAAGGCCAACGACAACUUGAAGCUCUCACAGGAGUACGAGUCCAUAGAUCCUGGCCAGCAGUUCACCUGGGAGCAUUCCAACCUGGAGGUCAACAAGCCCAAGAACCGAUACGCCAACGUCAUCGCUUAUGACCACUCCCGUGUCAUCCUCUCCCCCAUUGAAGGUAUCUCAGGGAGUGACUACAUCAAUGCCAACUACAUCGAUGGCUACCGCAAGCAGAACGCCUAUAUUGCCACCCAGGGCCCGCUGCCCGAGACCUUUGGGGACUUCUGGAGGAUGGUGUGGGAGCAGAGGGCUGCUACCGUGGUGAUGAUGACACGGCUGGAGGAGAAAUCACGGAUUAAGUGUGACCAGUACUGGCCCAGCCGUGGCACAGAGACCUAUGGGAUGACCCAGGUGACCCUGUUGGAUACAAUUGAACUGGCCACCUUCUGUGUGCGGACCUUCUCUCUGCACAAGAACGGCUCAAGCGAGAAGCGGGAGGUGCGGCAGUUCCAAUUCACCGCGUGGCCCGACCACGGAGUGCCGGAGUACCCCACCCCAUUCCUGGCCUUCCUGCGGAGAGUGAAGACCUGCAACCCCCCUGAUGCCGGCCCCAUCAUCGCCCACUGCAGUGCUGGUGUCGGCCGCACGGGCUGCUUUAUCGUGAUCGACGCCAUGCUGGAGCGCAUCAAGCACGAGAAGACGGUGGACAUCUACGGCCACGUGACGCUGAUGCGUUCGCAGCGGAACUACAUGGUGCAGACGGAGGACCAGUACAGCUUCAUCCACGACGCGCUGCUGGAGGCCGUGGCCUGUGGGAACACAGAGGUGGCCGCCCGCAGCCUCUACACCUACAUCCAGAAGCUGGCCCAGGUGGAGAGCGGCGAGCACGUCACCGGCAUGGAGCUGGAGUUCAAGCGCCUGGCCAACUCCAAAGCCCACACAUCAAGGUUCAUAAGUGCCAACCUCCCCUGCAACAAGUUCAAGAACCGCCUUGUCAACAUCAUGCCCUAUGAGACCACCCGCGUGUGCCUGCAGCCCAUCCGUGGGCUAGAGGGCUCUGAUUACAUCAACGCCAGCUUCAUCGACGGAUACAGGCAGCAGAAGGCCUACAUCGCCACACAGGGCCCGCUGGCCGAGACAACCGAAGACUUCUGGAGGAUGCUGUGGGAGAACAACUCCACCAUCGUGGUGAUGCUGACCAAGCUGCGAGAGAUGGGCAGAGAAAAGUGUCACCAGUACUGGCCUGCCGAGCGCUCAGCCCGAUACCAGUACUUUGUGGUGGACCCCAUGGCAGAGUACAACAUGCCCCAGUACAUCCUGAGAGAGUUCAAAGUCACCGAUGCCAGGGACGGCCAGUCCAGAACAGUACGGCAGUUCCAGUUCACCGAUUGGCCCGAGCAGGGCGUGCCAAAGUCUGGAGAGGGCUUCAUUGACUUCAUUGGCCAGGUGCAUAAAACCAAGGAGCAGUUUGGGCAGGACGGGCCCAUCUCCGUCCACUGCAGUGCGGGGGUGGGGAGGACCGGAGUCUUCAUCACUCUCAGCAUCGUGCUCGAAAGAAUGCGCUAUGAGGGCGUGGUAGACAUCUUUCAGACGGUCAAAAUGCUGCGGACACAGCGGCCAGCCAUGGUGCAGACAGAGGAUGAAUACCAGUUUUGCUACCAGGCAGGUUUGGAAUACCUAGGAAGCUUUGAUCACUAUGCAACGUAAAAAGCCAUCUCAUCCCCCAUCCUGCCGUCCCCCUCAACAGUCUUCUGAGCCAUAGAAACUUGCUUGAAAUUUUGAAUGACAACAUCACAAAAAACAUGAAAAUGAAACCAAUUCAAAUAAAUGAAAUAAAAUAAACACCAAUGAGACCACAUCCUCUUUGGAUAGAAAGGACAACAGUGGCAGUGAGGGAAGGUAUUUGAAGAGAAUCCAUCAAAAACAUGCAUAUGCCCUCACUCAGGAACUACACGGAGAAGGAACCAAAUGGAGGCUCAAGCUGUGGGGUGGGAACGAUCUAAGUGUCGGACUGCUAACCUUACCUCAAGUGUUCAGAUGUGGUGGACAUUAUAAAUAUUUUGUGGACAUCUAUUACAAAAAUGAAUAAGUGAAAAAUAUUACAACACAAACAGUAAAUGAAGGGAAAACAAGCAGACAAAGCUGUCUUAAAACAGAUUAAUUUUGACAGCCAUCUUCUCCCCCUACAAAAAAAUGAAGAGAUUUGUGAGAAAAAAAUGGAAAAAUAGAGGAAAUGGGGUUUGACACCAUUAGAAAUUGGGUUUGAUGAUCUUGGGAGGAGGUAUUUGAGCAUACAGAUGUGGUAUAAAGUGGCCAUAUGUUAAUGUUAAUUCUAUGCUUUGCUGUGAGUGAAAGUUGCUCAGCCAAGGUGAUCACCACAUCCCAAAAGCCUCUGGUGUUUCCCCGGUACCUGAAUCAGUGUCUGCACAGAUGAACCACAGUAGAAGAGAGGAAGGCUGAUAAGACGUGUGAGAGCAGUGGCUCAAGAGCAGAGCUGUCUUUUCAUCCCCCUCCCAGCUUAGCUUCUGCCACCCUGCAAAGUCAGACUUUCAGAAGCUUGAGUACCAAACAGCAAAAUGACCUCCGCAACAUUUAAACUCCAACCUGCAGAGCCGAAGAGUGUCCAGGAUCCAUGAUUGGUGGGGAAAACUAACAGGGACUCGAGCGAACGAUGGUCAAAGUGUCAAAGCUGAUCUGUGGAGUCAGUUUGAUCAUGACUGUGUGGGUUUCACGGGCGCUUGAGCACUUGAGGUGCGGACAGUUUUGGUGCUCUUGAAAACUGACCACAGAGUUAAUACGCAGUUCUUGAUCUGUCUCAUUCCUUUCGGGCAACCUGGCUGUCUGUCCACGCGCUCUCAAAGAAGCAGCCCUGACAUCAUUCCGUGCUUGAAAAGAGCUGAGAGGUCAUGACCAUGUUUGUUUUUUUUUUCAGUAGAAGUACUAUAUGAUUAGGAGUUUUUUUUUUUUUAACAUGUUGUGCUGCUGGUAUGUAGUGCCGUAUGCAGUGGUGGGUGAGAGGGGUGUGCUUGUUUGAUGAGUGGAUGGAAGUAGCACUGUGAAAAGGAUGGAAGGUCUUCUCCUUGGUUAUCCCACCAGUUUCUCUCUGCUCUGUCUACAGUGGCCCACGUUCGUUGCUGACAUUUUGUUGUCGCUAUGAUUUGAAUUUGUAUGUUUUUUUUGUAUGGGAUUCUGUCCAUACCGACAUGCUGCUUGUGUUUUGUACGCCGUGCUGCAGUACCGCACUGCUACAGAGCCGAUGGUCAAAUGUGAAGGUGCGGCAUAAGGUGGCGGUUCGCACCCAGCUAGCUUACGCCAAAAGCGUGACCCAAUGUGACACCACAACCCUGACAAGACCUCCCUUAAUCUCCAUGGUUAUCAGUGUCUUAGCCCGCACCAUAACUUCAGGGCCUCCCCAUUACACCUCUUUGAAAGAACAAGGCAGGUGAAGGAUGGGCUGGUGUCAGUCAACAUACUGCAACAGAAGCUCAAAAUCAACCAUGUCAUGAGGCUAUGUCCUGCCUUCGCAAGCAGAAUUCAGUCACAGGUGAGUGCUUGAGCUUGAUUUCUUUCUGCUUGGUAGAAAGUCUCUACUUGAGAGGUGUGGGAAUAAGUGGAUCUAACUGUUAAUAUCUGUUACGCAAAGUAAUGAUGGAAACAGUGACCAACCAAGAGGAGAUAAUGCAGAGGUCUGUCCUAAAAGCUUGUUCAGGCUGAUAGAAUUAACCCCCGUCUUUUCCUGCUUUGAUCUGUUAAUAGCCUCAUCUGAAACUCUUUAAGACAAAGCUUCAGAUUUGAAGAUAGAAGCCGAUAUUUUGAUUUGGCUGCUGUGGGGUAACAAAGAAAAUUUUCAUAUGGGUUAUAUACAUACCAUAAACCCCCCUCAAUUAAAAGUGACAGAAUGAACCGGUUUCCUUUCUAGGAAUCAAAGCAGAGUGGCAUUAGAAUAUCUACACACUGUCUGCUCACCUGAUAAAGAGCCCCCUACACAACCACAACUUUUAACUUGGCAAGAGUACUUACAGUGAAUUGUAAGAGAAGCUUUAGGUAGAUAUGUUCACUAAAGAGUCAAUGGAUGGAGCUGUGAGUAGUCUUUUUUAUUUCCAAAAAAGCCUUAUUGUUAUUGUACCAUUCUGAAACAUUAAUGUUGUACUAUUAUGAUUAUUGUUUUACUUUA